AUGCUGUCAGUGGUAUUUCCCUACCAGCAAGUUGUUUUGUGCUUUUUGUUGCCGGGUCAUUCGCAUAACAUCGCUGAUCGGGUUAUCGCGUGGUGUCGCCGUGCCGUACACAAACAGAAUGUGUACACACCCGCUGGACUUGUCGAAGAAGUCAACAAAGUCAAGAGAUGGGGGGACUUACUGGCAAAAUAUUUUACUGCACCUCCUGCUGGAUACACAGCCAACUACCUGUUUGAAAUUGAUGAAGGGGUCUGUACUGCUCGCAAAACGGUGAAUACGCCAGACGAUGAGUCGAUUACAUUUUCUAUGAUUUCGCAGAGCAACCUUGCCAACAUUCGAAAGGCUGUUAUUGCAGAGCUGUUUGGACCAAAUGUAAGAAGCAUUUGGGAGGCGUCUAUCGCGAGCGUCCAGCUUCCACGCCAUCAAACUAUGGAGCUGUCGGAGAAAAAGCAGAAAUCACUGGCCGCGAAGUAUUUUUCGAUCCCCAAAAAGUAUCUCGAUUACUAUCCUGCCGUGCCUGAGGCCAUUCUGAAUGCACCGGAAAGUGCCGAUGAAGACGCUGAUCAUUCCACCACCGAGCGGGCAACAGCCAAGUGUCGACCCGGCCGCCCCAAGAAGAAGAAAACGAAACUUAAGGCAAACCAGCCUUCCAUUCUCCAGUUCUUUUCCGCCAAACCAAAACAGACUUCGUCGUAG